CACCACCACCACCAUCUCCUCCCAUCGCUCUCGCUCUCCCCAGCGCCACCAUCAUGCCCAUCUUACUGUUCCUGAUAGACACGUCCGCCUCCAUGAGCCAGCGCAGCCAUCUGGGCACCAGCUAUCUGGACAUAGCCAAAGGCGCGGUUGAGACUUUCAUGAAGCUGCGAGCCCGCGACCCUGCGAGUCGGGGAGACAGGUACAUGCUCGUCACUUUCGACGAGCCGCCGUAUGGUAUAAAGGCUGGCUGGAAGGAGAACCAUGCAACUUUCAUGAACGAAUUGAAACAUCUUCAAGCUGUAGGAUUGACAACUCUUGGCCAGUCUUUAAGGACAUCCUUUGACUUAUUAAAUUUAAAUAGAUUAGUUACUGGAAUAGACAACUAUGGGCAGGGGCGGAAUCCAUUUUUUCUGGAGCCGUCAAUCAUUGUUACCAUAACAGAUGGAAACAAGUUGACAAGCAACAGUGGUGUACAAGAGGAGCUCCACCUACCACUCAAUUCUCCUUUACCAGGGAGUGAACUAACCAAGGAACCAUUCCGAUGGGAUCAGCGCUUGUUUGCUCUAGUUUUACGCCUCCCAGGCUCGAUGCCUAUUGAACCAGAGCAGUUGGGCAAUGUGCCAUCUGAUGAAUCUGCCAUUACUCCCAUGUGUGAGGUUACAGGAGGUCGUUCAUACUGUGUGUAUACACAGAGAAUGCUGAUCCAAUGCCUGGAGUCACUGGUCCAGAAAGUGCAAAGUGGAGUGGUGUUAAACUUUGAAAAGACUGGGCCUGAUCCAGCACCAAUGGGAGAAGAUGGAAUUUCUGAUGCACUGAAACACCCCUCUCCGUUUGGAUCUCCACUUUGGCACAACUGUCACAAACUAAUCUACGUACGGCCUAAUCCCAAAACCGGUGUUCCAGUUGGACAUUGGCCAAUCCCAGAGUCCUUUUGGCCAGACCAAAACUCUCCAACCUUGCCACCUCGUAAUGCUCAUCCUGUGCUGAAGUUUACCUGUGCUGAUUGUGAUCCAAUGGUUAUUGAAAAACUCCCUUUUGAUAAAUAUGAGCUGGAACCUUCACCUUUAACCCAAUAUAUUCUGGAACGUAAAUCUCCUCACGCCUGCUGGCAGGUGUAUGUGAACAACAGUGGGAAGUAUAGUGACCUGGGUCAUCCUUUUGGUUAUCUAAAAGCUAGUACAGCUUUGAAUUGUGUUAACCUUUUUGUGAUGCCUUACAACUACCCUGUACUACUUCCACUUUUAGACGAUUUGUUCAAAGUGCAUAAAUUGAAACCACCUAUCAAAUGGCGGCAGGCGUUUGAAAAUUACCUGAAGACGAUGCCUCCUUAUUAUCUUGGGCCUUUGAAAAAGGCCAUGAGAAUGAUGGGAGCUCCUAACCUGAUUGCGGAAGGUGUGGAUUAUGGUCUUAGCUACAGUGUCAUUUCUUACCUCAAAAAGCUUAGUCAGCAGGCUAAGCUUGAAUCUGAUCGAAUCAUUAGUUCAGUUGGAAAGAAGCCAGUUCAGGAAUCUGGCAUUAAGGUGAAACAAGGAAGCAGCAGUCUGUCCUUAGUGCAUCCUAAAGACUUCAAACAAUUUCUAAUGCAAAUCAGUGGAGAGCUUCCUUAUAGGCACCUCGAUUUAAAUGUGAAAGAGUUUAGUGGAUUCCAAAUUGGGAUCCUGAACAAGGAUUUGAAACCUCAGAAUUAUAAGAAUCCAUACGACAUACCUCGGCGAAAUCUUUUAGAUCAACUAACAAGAAUGAGGUUAAAUCUGCUGAAAACAGUACAUGCUCCAUUGAAAGGCCAUGACGAAGAUGAAGCACACAGUGUCCCAAUAGCACAAAUGGGCAAUUACCAGGAAUACCUCAAACACGUACCUUCUCCACUUCGUGAACUUGACUCGGAUCAACCCAGACGACAGCAUACCUUUGGAAAUCCUUUCAAACUUGACAAGAAGGGAAUGAUGAUUGAUGAAGCAGAUGAGUUUGUGUCAGGACCUCAGAACAAAAACAAACGACUAAUGGAACCAAACAUGGUGGGAGUUCCUAAGCGCCGCCGAUGUAUGUCACCUUUAUUGAAAGGACGUCCGUCAACACCGCCAAUAGUGGCGAAUCACAUUGGUGCUAAUCACAUUGGAGGCAAGGGCUCUCCACCUGUAUCACCUACACAGUCACAGGUGGACCUUGUAAAGCCAGAAACUGGUAAAGAAGCUGAAGAAAACCACACUGUAUUUGGUGACUAUGUUGAGAACCAUAUUGCAGAUGCUCUUCCAACAGGUGCAAUUCUAGCUCAGGGAUUAGAGUCAGCACCACCUUUGACAUGCCCAGAAUCUGACUCUGUGGAAUCCACAGAAGAAUUAGUGAAUCAUGGCAAAGAAAUAGACUAUGAUCUUUCAGUGGUAAAUAACAAUUCUGUAAACACCAUUGAAAUUAACCACGAGGAUUCAGGGGACAGUGAACUGUGUCACGAUGGAAUUUUGCACAGGUCGUCACCAAAUUCUAUCAAAACACUUAACUUGUCAAAGCAAGAAGAGACAAAUGCAGAACUGAAGACACAAAUUUUUAAAGAGAUCCGGAAACCAGGCAGGCAUUAUGAAAACAUCUUCUAUCUAUUGAAACUAGUGCAAGGCAGCCUAGAAACCCGUAUGAUGUUUGUGCAUAAUGUUAUUAAAGAAGCAGCACGGUUUAAAAAACGAGUACUAAUUGAAGAGCUUGAAGGGAUUCUGGAAGAAAUACAAACUAAAUCCAGUCGGAUAAACCACAUCAAUAACCGAUAAUGGAUCCUGAGAAAUAAAGAGACUGGACGUUUGGGGGUUAUAAACAGCUUCUUUUUCCUGUACUUCCACUUGCUAUAAGCUUGAUUUGUCAAUACCUUUCAUUACACGGAUACUUUAUCUGAACCUUGAUGAAAAGGAAAUUGAGAUUCCCGUUACUUCCUUGAAGGAUCGGAGCUCAUAGAACACAUUCAUCACAUUGUGGGCAAGAGGCAACUUACUAUCCCAGGAGGUGACUUGUACUCUAUACUUUACCUUCCAAAAGACAGCAUUUGCUUUCUGCAAUUGGCCCUUGAUUUUUUUGUCGAUGCAUCAUCCUUUGGAAAUGGACAAACUAUUUUCAAAUAAAAACAGCGAAUCCAACUUUUUUUAAAAACGUUGCAAAGGAAUUAUAGGAAGAAAACGUCUUUUGUAUCGGAUGGAUUCUGAAAUUGUUUUUGUUUACAUUUUGUCCCUUUUUCCUUCGGACCUGACACAGUUUCCCAAAGCUCAGCCUUCCAGAUAAGUAUUUGGGGACUGGCCCUUGCCAAACAAACUGUAUGCAAAAUAAGGACAGUUGUUCAAAAGAGCUAACAUAUUUGUCUAUAGCAAAUUAUUUUUGGAUGGAACACUGUGUGUUGUAAAUGGCCAUAUUUUGAAGAUUAUUUAAAAUGCCUUUGUUACUAUUUCCUGCAUUAAAAAAUCUAUUUUAUA